AUGCGAAUGAACGAUUACCAGCUGGAGGACGACCCAGUGACCAAGCAGAAGUAUUUUAGGAGAUACGCUCCAAGAAAGGGAGACAAAAUAUACAAAGAAUAUAAAAAGUUCUUCUUUUAUUCUGAUGCCUUCAAACCUUUGAAAUUCGCGUGCGAAGCCAUCAUUGAAAAGUAUGAGGAUGAGAUAUUCGCACUUAUCGCCCAGGAGGCACACCAUCUAGCUGACAUGCUGUGCAGUGAAAAAUCAGAUCUGUGUGGCACUCCAGUCAGUCGUCCCGAACCCUAGGAGUGAGGAGUGAAGUCACAGCCCCAAAGGUCACUGUGCGCCUCACGUCUUGCGACUGCCGUGAUAAGGAAUUUCAUCUCGUGUCUGCUCUUGUCUCAUGCGUGAUAUUGGUUUGAAAAUCUCUGACUUGGCAUCAUGACAAACUCCAAGUCUUCUCUUAGGUGAAAAGAAGUUUAUAAAACUGAACACCCCUUUGCAUAUUUGGAUGGAAGCUGGGUUGGCAAUAGAGCAUUAAAUUUAGCCGUGGGGAAAAAGGUGAAGCCAUUUCUUAAGUCAGUAGGGAUUUAAGAGUGGGUACAAGUGUUUCAUAGCAAAUGUGUCUGACACAUCCAUCUACGAUUUGCUAUUUGGAAAGAACUUGGUUUGAUUUCUCAAAUAUUUGAUUGACCACAAAUUCAAGGCAUUCAGUUGCAACUAAUGCCAUGGGUUGGUUAUUCUGGGAGGUUCUGUACGGUACUUGUAAAGUCACUCCUCUCAAUCAGGAGUAGGACUUACAGAUGUGGAGAUUCUUAAUUUUUAGAACUUUAUCCCUUAGAUUCAGUAGAAUAAGCUGGGCAGUGGCGGUGCACGCCUUUAAAUCCCAGCACUUGGGAGGCAGAGGCAGGUGAAUCUCAGUGAGUUUGAGGCCAGCCUAGUCUACAGAGUAAGUUCCAAGACAGCCAGAACUGUUACAAGGAGAAACCCUGUCUCGAAAAACCAAGUCAAAAAUUAAUUAAUUAAUUAAUUAAAAAGAUUCUGUGGAAUAAUUAGAAGAGAGUGAAUAGCUAGUUCUACAGUGAAUGGCCAUCAUUCACCUGAUGACACAGUGAGUUCAGAGGAUUCCGAAAGCGAACUCGUAGUGGAUUUCAAACGAUAACAGCACUGAACGUGUUCUUGUCUUGCUCAAAUCUCUCUUGGUUUGUUUUCCCCUCACCAAUCAUAGUGUGUAGAUUUUCCUAUCAGCUGAUUUCUCACUCUUCUGUGGGACUUUUAUUUAUGUAUUUAUUUUUGGAUGGGGAAAGACAUUCACCUUUACCACACUUAUUGUAACAAAAUGUAAUAACAGUCACUCCCGAGUGUUCUCAUUGUCUCUGCUAAAUUUGCAUUCAGUGGAAUUGAACUUUAAUUAUUCAGCAUGUGAGGGUACAGGUUACACCUGUUUAAUUAAUGAAAUUUUCAUCAUUGUCAGUGAGACUUGCAUGGGUAACAGGCAAAUUUUGUACCGGAAGAUCUAAAAUGAAUGUUUAUAAAACCAUCCAGAAAUUGCACUAUUCAGAUCAUUCACUGGGCUCCUCGGCCAGAAUAAUCCUUACAUUUGUUAAAAAAAAAAUUACCAAAAUGAAGAAAAGAGAUUUCUAUUUUUCUCUUCCCCCUAACUUAAGUCUUAAUGUCACUUGUUUAUCUGGGAAACUGAGAAAGUGUGCUUUUGCGAUAUGUCUGUGGCUGGCGGCGUUAUAGGACCUCUGUAACCCUGAGAUUCUGUGCUCCAAACAGACAAGGAAGAGGAGAUACAAGGGCAGGUGGUGCUACUUCCCAGCGGGGAAGACAAUGUUAUUUAAAGCCUAGCCUGAGCUAUUGUGGGAGAUGUCACCAAGGGAGCGGGGGUGUCCUUGUCCCUGUAUCUUAUUUCUGUAACCUGUAAGAUUGACUUGGCCUUUGAGAUAGGAAGUCUUUUUAGCAUUUUUCUUACUUGGACUUUCUUGGUAAAUGCGCACUAGGACGCUGUUUCUUAAAAUAUGCCUUCAUGGGCUCAAGGCUGAGAAGGCGACUCCAAGAAGACUUCCAACGCCAGGUUCAUUGUCACCUGCGGGGGCGGGGAGGGCUUUACACAGAUGUAUAGUCAGACCCUUUGCUUCCCAAAUUUUCUUGGCUUCCUCACCGGACAGGAUCUUGGAUCUUACAAUGGUUUUGGUAUCUCAUGACUCAUGGUUUUUUUUUUCCCCCCUGUAAUUCUUUUCCAUAUCAAGCUUGUUGAGCUCAUGGGAAUGUCUGUAGCUUACUGAGCUGCUGAUUAAACCUCCAUUGGAUUGAGAAUUACUCAGAACCCUGGGUCCCUCUCUGCCUGCUUUGCUAGGUUAUAGUAGUAGAAGAGAGAAGCGGUGUUGGUUGGCCACUCUCCUGCCUUCAAAAUGACACCAAAUACAAAAUAAGAUGAAAGGCCAGGGAAGGCCACUACCACAACUAAAAACAAGCAAAAACAGAAAUAACAAAAACA